AUGGCGCGCGUCUAUGCCUCCGUCAACCAAGAAAUGCCGCGCGCAUACUGGGACUAUGACAGCGUCAACAUCAGUUGGGGUGUGCUGGAGAACUACGAAGUAGUGCGGAAGAUUGGCCGUGGAAAGUAUUCGGAAGUUUUCGAGGGCGUCAAUGUGGUUAACUACCAAAAGUGUGUGAUCAAGGUCCUCAAGCCUGUGAAGAAGAAGAAGAUCAAGCGUGAGAUUAAGAUCCUUCAAAAUCUCUCGGGUGGACCCAACAUCGUCGCCCUGCUCGACGUGGUUCGUGACAGCCAAUCCAAGACGCCGAGCCUCAUAUUCGAGCAUGUCAACAACACCGAUUUCAGGACGUUAUAUCCUAAGUUCCAAGACUUGGAUGUUCGCUAUUACAUCUUCGAGCUGCUAAAGGCGCUGGACUAUUGCCAUAGCAAAGGAAUCAUGCACAGAGACGUCAAACCCCAUAACGUUAUGAUUGAUCACGAGAACCGCAAGCUGCGUCUUAUUGAUUGGGGUUUGGCCGAGUUCUACCAUGCGGGGACGGAGUACAACGUACGAGUAGCAAGUCGUUACUUCAAGGGACCAGAGUUGCUGGUGGACUUUCAGGAAUACGACUACAGUCUGGACAUGUGGUCGUUGGGUGCCAUGUUCGCGAGCAUGAUCUUUAGGAAGGAGCCAUUCUUCCACGGUAACUCCAACAGUGAUCAGCUCGUGAAGAUUGCCAAAGUGCUUGGGACGGAAGACUUGUUCGACUACCUUGACAAGUACGAUAUUGAGCUGGAUGCGCAGUAUGAUGAUAUCCUCGGCCGCUUCCCCAAAAAGAGCUGGCAUGGAUUCGUUAACAACGAGAACCAACGUUUCGUGAGCAAUGACGCCAUUGACUUUCUCGACAAGUUGCUUCGAUACGAUCAUCAGGAACGUCUCACCGCCAAAGAGGCAAUGGCACAUCACUACUUCGCACCCAUUCGACAAGCCGAGGAGCAGGCUGCAAACAAUAGUACCCAUCAAUGA